UCUUAUUAUGGAUUGCACGAUAAUUCCCAUGAAAGCACCCCCAUUACCUAUAGAUCCCGUUCCUAUCAAUUUCGUCUUCAUGUUUCCAUUAAUUCAUCCCUCCAAAUUCGAUCGAGCUACUGCUAGCUUUUCUGGUAUUUUCUAAUCCUAUCAGACAGUGUACAUCAAUCUCAGGCAAGGGAGGAGAUUGGGUUUGACGCCUUCGUUUCCGUUGCGUGAACGGCGGAAUCGAAGACGGGCUGUUAGAGGAGUUGCGUUGUGUUUUGUAUUUGGGUCAAUGUUUAGAUGUUGCACUUCGAUUCCUGAAGACUGGGCUGAUCCUGAUGCGCUUUACCCGAUUAAGCCUGAUUGCCGUGAGGAUGUUCCUGUUUCUCAUUUCAAGCCGACGCCUGGGAAAACACUUAGUGAAAGAAGAUGGCAGUCAUCCUUUUCUGAGGAAGGUUAUUUGGAUAUAGCUAGAGUUCUUAGAUGGAUACAAAGAGGGGGUGUUCAUUCAAACAUAAAAGGAGAAGUCUGGGAGUUUUUGCUUGGGUGUUAUGAUCCUAAAAGUACUUUCAAUGAGCGAACUCAAUUAAGAGAAAAACGAAGGUUAGAAUAUGAGAAGGUCAAGUCAAAAUGCCAGGAAAUGGAAAAGAGAGUUGGCAGUGGAAGAAUAGUUGUGGCACCUAUCAUUACCGAAGAUGGCCAGCCUAUCGUCAAUCCUUCAAGUAAUGGUGCUAAUUCAGGCGAGGAAGUAAAAUCAAAUGAAGUAGAUUCAUCAAUACCAGAAAAUAGAAAUGAUAGUAUAAAUCUGGACAAAGAGGUCAUUCAAUGGAAACUUACCUUACAUCAGAUUGGUUUGGAUGUUGUUCGUACAGACCGCUCACUUCUUUACUAUGAGAGCUCAGAGAAUCAAGCAAGGCUAUGGGAUGUUCUUGCAGUCUAUUCAUGGAUAGAUAGGGACAUUGGUUACUGCCAAGGAAUGAGUGAUCUUUGUUCGCCUAUAAUACUUUUAAUUGAAAACGAGGCAGAUGCUUUUUGGUGCUUUGAACGUCUAAUGCGUAGAGUGAGAGGAAAUUUCAAAUGCACAUCUAAUACUAUUGGAGUUCGGGCUCAGUUGACAUUACUUUCUUCUGUUAUAAAAAUUCUUGAUCCGAAGCUCCAUGAACACAUAGGUAUCAUUUCUAUCAUUUGCUGGACUUACACAUGUAGCAUAAACUGUUCUAUCUCUUGCAAAAUUUCAAAACUGUAUGUUAUACAUUUUUGUGUCAUUCUACUUCUGAAAUUUUUGACAGUGAAUCUAGAUGGAGGGGAAUAUUUAUUUGCCUUUAGAAUGCUGAUGGUCCUUUUCCGCAGGGAGUUCUCAUUUGUUGAUGCAUUGUACCUUUGGGAGCUCAUCUGGUCUAUGGAGUACAAUCCCCAUCUUUUCACCAUCUACGAGGCCAAUGCUUCUCCUAAUAGAAACCAAGACAAAUCGCAAAAUGAAGACUUAAUGAAAUAUGGAAAGUUUGAGAGGAAGUGUCUCAAGUCAGGUCAGAAAGAUCAACAGGCCAAUAUGUCCAUCUUUCUAGUAGCUAGCAUUCUUAAGGCCAAGAACAAACGGUUACUGCUGGAGGCAAAGGGUCUAGAUGAUCUAGUGAAGAUGUUGAAUGGCAUAACUGGUGAAUUGGAUGCAAAGAAAGCAUGCAAUGAAGCAUUGAAACUUCACGUGAAGUACUUGAACAAGACAAAGACUACUUAGGAAGCCAAAGACCAGCAAAUACUGUCUCAACAAGUUAUUUUGCAACCCACAAAGAAAAACACCUACAAAGGAUUCCAUUUUGCUCGAGUUUUCUUGUUCGAGUUUUGUUGUUUGCUUGUUUUUUUUUUUAUUCUUUCCGUUUGGCAUGUCAUCCAAUGCCAAUGGAGCGAGAGAUUUGAUUGUAUUUGUAUGUGCCAUUGCUUGUUGAAUCACAUAAGUCACUCGUGCUGUCUAUUAUUUGAGAAAAUUGAGUCCUAUGAAUCUCAUGAUGCUUGUUCCCAUUA